GCAUGUCCAUGUGCUGGUUGGCCACAGCAGACAUGCAUGCAGGGUGAAAGCAUUCCGCUUGUGAGAAUAUCUUGCUCUCAAUUGAGUUGAUAUGUAUUUGCAUGAACGGCUUAUGAUGCUUUCGUAUGAGCGCUGACGAUCCACCGCAUCCUCCCUUCCUCUCUCGUUCUGCAUUAUGUAAACCGUCAUCACCACCGCACGCGCGCUCCAAGCGCAAGGGCUAUUCAGGCGCCGCACACAAACAGUCACGGACCGACGGGUUUAAAGAACUGAGGAUUUAAAUUAAAUACCGAGUGUGAGAGACGUUGAGCCUUGGGUGAGGGAGGGAAAGAGACUGAUUUGUAUCUUCCCCAGAUCGGGAGGGGGAGGAGGCACGGAGAAUGAGCUAUUAUUGUACCAGCACAGAGGCUGUGUGUAAUAGCCAGGACGCACCUAACGCCAGUGCGAGGAAAGCAGCUACUAAUAAUACGAACCGUGGCAGCGAAGGUCUCGAGAGCAGCAGCAGCACUAGUUCACGGCAGUCGCAACCCCAACCGCUCGUGGCCAUGAAAGUGAAGAAAGGCUGCAACUCGACAGAUGCUGGGGUCCCGGUUACAAGUGAAGACGAGUUGCUAAGAAACCCCGUAAUAUCGCCUGAGGAUGUACUUGGGUUACAAAAGAUCACCGAAAACUACCUAUGUUCCCCAGAGGAGAACGUUCACAUGAUCGACUUCACACGGUUCAAGAUCCGAGACAUGGAGACAGGGACGGUGCUGUUUGAGAUCACUAAACCCCCUGUACCUGCAGGCGAAAAGAAGGAUUUUGACCCCAACGGAGGCCGCUUCGUCCGUUACCAGUUCACCCCUGCCUUCCUGCAGCUGCGCCAGGUCGGCGCCACUGUGGAGUUCACAGUGGGAGACAUGCCCAUCAACAACUUCAGGAUGAUUGAGAGGCACUACUUCAGAGAGCAGCUCCUCAAGAGCUUUGAUUUUGAGUUUGGUUUCUGUAUGCCCAGCAGCAAGAACACCUGCGAACACAUCUACGAGUUCCCCCCUCUGUCAGAGGACAUCAUGCGCGAGAUGAUCCUGCACCCAUACAAAACGCAGUCCGACAGCUUCUACUUUGUGGACAACAAGCUGGUGAUGCACAACAAGGCAGACUACUCCUACAGUGGGAGUCCGUAGGAGCACAGGACUUCCCGAGACACCUAGACCCACUCCAACUCUGACCCACCCCACCAUAGGACCAUGGACAGACAGACAGACAGACAGACAGACAGACAGACAGACAGACAGACAGUCAGACGACGAACGGAGAGACGUAUGGACGGACUGACAGACAGACAGACAGACAGACAGACAGACAGACGACGAACGGAGAGACGUAUGGACGGACUGACAGACAGACAGACUGACAGACAGACGACGAACGGAGAGACGUAUGGACGGACGGACUGACAGACUGACAGACAGACAGACAGACGAACGGAGAGACGUAUGGAUGGACUGACAGACAUACUGACAGACAGACAGACGAACGGAGAGACGUAUGGACGGACUGACAGGUCACAAGCAGCAGGACUGAUGGACAGCCUCGCACUCUCAGCAGCUUUAUUUUCUCCAAUCAGAAUUCCUCCAUUGCUUGUUAUCCCCACAAUUGCAAUCCCCUACUCCAGUCUCUUUCAAUGACCUCUCAACUUUCUGCGUCUGAUAGAGAGUGUUAUAGAUGUGUACACAGUCUAGCAUACAUAAACACACACAGACCUUCGCUAUGGGACACGUCUGAUGUGGCCUGAUCUAGACAAAAUAAAAGCACAACCAGCGGAGUAUAUAAGGGCCAGUAACAAUGAGUGAGAUUGAAUGUCUAGUCAGUGAGUUCUCAGUCAGUCAGCUAAAGAGAAAAAGAGAAAGGGAGAGAGAGAUAAGAAGAGACAGAAAAAAUGAAGAGAGCGAGAAAGAGAGAUAGUGUCUGCUUUUCUGCACUUCAUCUCAUUGACAUUUACAGUACCAGUCAAAAGUUUGGACACACCUACUCAUUCAAGGGUUUUACUUGACUAUUGUAGAAUAAUAGUGAAGAUAUCAGAACUAUGAAAUAACACAUAUGGAAUCAUGUAGUAACCAAAAAAGUGUUUAAAAAAGUUUCCACCCUUUUCCAGUAUGACAGGUUUGCACAUUUUUGGCAUUCUCUCAACCAGCUUCAUGAGGUAGUCACCUGGAAUGCAUUUCAAUAACACGUGUGCCUUGUUAAAAGUUCAUUUCUGGAAUGUCUUGCCUUCUUAAUGCGUUUGAGCCAAUCAGUCGUGUUGUGACAGGUUAGGGGUGGUAUACAGAAGGUAGCACUAUUUGGUAAAAGACCAAGUCCAUAUUAUGGCAAGAACAGCUCAAAUAAGCAAAGAGAAAUUACAUUCCAUCUUUACUUUAAGACACGAAGGUCAGUCAAUGCAGAACAUUUCAAGAACUAAAAGUUUCUUCAAGUGCAGUCGAAAAUACCAUCAAGUACUAUGAUGAAACUGACUCUCAUGAGGACCGCCACAGGAAAGGAAGGCCCAGAAUUACCUCUGCUGCAGAGGAUGAGUUCUUUAGAGUUAUCAGCCUCAGAAAUUGCAGCACAAAUAAAUGCUUCACAGAGUUCAAGUAAUAGACACAUCUCAACAUCAACUGUUUAGAGGAGACUGCCUGAAUCAGGCCUUCAUUGUCAAAUUGCUGCAAAGAAACCACUACUAAAGGACACCAAUAAUAAGAAGAGACUUGCUUGGCCCAACAAAUAUGAGCAAUGGACAUUAGAUCGGUAGAAAUUUGUCCUUUGGUCUGAUUAGUCCAAAUUUGAGAUUUUUGGUUCCAAUCGCCGUGUCUUUAUGAGACGCAGAGUAGGUGAAUGGAUGAUCUCCACAUGUGUGGUUCCCACCAUGAAGCAUGGAGGAGGUGGUGUGAUGGUGCUUUGCUGUUAUACUGUCAGUGAUUUAUUUACAAUUCAAGGCACACUUAACCAGCAUGGCUACCACAGCAUUCUGCAGCGAUACACCAUCCCAUCUGGUUUGCACUUAGUGGGACUAUCAUUUGUUUUUCAACAACAAAAAAUAAAAACCCUUGAAGGAGUAGGUGUGUCCCAACUUUUGACUGGUACUGUAGCUAUUUAAACAACAGAGACAGACAGACCAGCUGUCUGUCGCAUUACCAAGUGACACAGACACAUAAUUCUCUGACAUCAUCAAAACAUGUAUUCUAGUCGAGCAAGCAGAACCUAUAUAUUUCUACUAGGGUUCUGCUACUUUUUUUUACUCUUAAAGAAAGUCAAAAAAAGUUUCUUGAAUUUCUAAUAAAUAGCUAUUAGCUCUGAAUGAUUCGUUGUCCCUGAAAGGAACAGUCCUGCCGUUUGAUGAGGUUCUUUGUUGAUCACCAUACCAGUAGAAACCAGUUGAAUCCCAUUAGCAUACAGUACAUCGUAGAAUGGGACAGGUACUCUUUUAAUGUGAAUGUCGUAUUAGGGCUGGAAAAUACUAGCUUUUCCAAAAUUCCCUGGUUUUCCAGAAGUCCCUUUUGGAGGAUUCCUGGAUUUCUUAUUCCAGCCUGAUUCCAGGAAUUUUCCAACAUGGAUUUUUGGAAAAACUGGGAAUUUUAGGAAAGUUACUGGAAUUUUGCAACCCUAGUCGUGUUUAUUUACGUAUACUCAUAGUUUUAUCUUCUAAAGUAUUUUUUUAAGUAGCCACUUUGAUGAGUUAAAAGUAGGCGAAGGAUAGUCAUAUAUGAACUCAAAACCAGAUAUUCAUUUUGAUAUCCCGCUCAUAUUUAGUCUCAAGAGAUCUGCAGAUGUAUUUAUAAGAAAUGUGGUUAUUGUAAAUUAAAAUGAUGUAAAGUUUGGACAGUUGAAAUGCCACUCAGAGAAAUAAAUAUAUGUGAUUUUUUUGGGAAGUC